UAUCAGGGUCUGUCACGUCUUUAUUCUUCAUGAAAGCGAACUUCAGGCGCUCUUUGAAAUAAGCUGAUCCCUGGGGGUAGUCACGGCCAAGAUACAGCAGCUUUUGGACAAGGAUUGGAAACACAUUUAGCUAAAUCACAGGACACAACCGAACCCUGUGUGUAUGUAUAUGCAUGUGCCAUAGACAGAUAGUUCACUUACAGUUCUGUAAAGUUUGAUAACCUGACCCCUGAAAGGGUUGGCCAUGUCAGAAACCAGGUGGCCUUUCACACUCCUGAAACGAAAAGAACAUCAAAGAGAAACUGUCUGAGAUGACAUUGAAAGUAGAGACGGAAGCAUUUGGUGGGCGUGACUGAGUGAAAGAAGACAGAAGCCAGCAACCAACAACAGAAUUAGCCAGAGUAGUUGCGACGUCUAAUCACGCCGCUCUGCUCUGAAAUAAGAUAGCUAACGUUACCGUUAAACCGAACAGCUAGCUAGCUUGUUAGUUAGCACGUAACACAUAAGUUCACGUUAGCCUAACGUACUGCAUUUAUCACACUCUACGACCAACCAUUUAAAACGGUGCUGUCAUAUUUACUCGUGUUCUUCUGUUGGGUGGAGUUACUCAAACGGUACAACAAUGAAAACACGAAUCCUUUUCUUUGUCUUACCUGCGACAACACAAUGUAUGGACAAUAAGAGUACUUCUUCGUCCACGAACUGAACAGAGCUGGACACAGCCGUACGUCGUUUCGUUAUGUCGCAAAUUAAAACAGAUAACCACGCAUGCGCAUUUGUUUCUAUGGUUACCUGGACGCUGUAGAGCUUUUUUGUUUCAGCAUCGUUCAGCAUGCCACCAAAGAAAGGAAAGUCAUCAAAGGGAGGUAAGCUGAACAAGGCCCAGAAGGCAAAGCAGCAGCAAGAGGAUGAGGAAAGAAGGCUGCAAGAGGAUGAGGAAGCACGGCUGCAAGCGGAAAAAGAAGAGAGGGAAAGAUUGGAAAGAGAGAGAAAGGAGAAGGAGCAAGAAAGGCUUGAGUUAACGGACCAAGAGCGCCGAGAAGAUGAGUUGAACGAACUCCGCCAUCUACUGGAGAAGAAUCAUACUGCGGUAACCACAUGCAAAACUGAUGCUGUGGAGAAAGCCAAGUGGGAGAGAUACAUUCAUUGUGAUGGCACCCCAGACCCAGCAGUACAGCAGGAUCUUAACACACAUAUCAGCUUAUGGAGAGAUGACCCAGAGGUCAACAUCACACUCGUGCUCAAACAAUGUCACCUCGCUCUACAGUUGAUGGAGGAGCUGGAGGCUCUGCUCAGAGAUGUUACAGAUCCACAAGAGUGCCACAAGUACCAGGAGGGCCUCAUAAACUUGCAGGAGCUAAUCCAUUCUAAACACCUCCUCACCACUGAGGAGAUCCUCAAGAGUGCCAGUAUGAACAUCGACACUGAGACAGGCAACAUGCAGACUGUGUUCAAAGAUGUCAACAUUACGCUGUGUCUCUGGGCCAACCUCAAGAAGAAUCCAAGGUUUAGAGAUUUAAACUUUGGGGAGGCUGGCCUGGGCUUUGAGCUUCCCAAACAGCUAGCUGUAAGCCAUAUCGCUGUACGGUUGCUCCACACACAUUAUGACCACCUGUCCUUGCUGGCCAGGAUGGCUCACCCGAGAAUGCACACACCCAGCCUCAGGUCUCUUGCAGGUGGUGAGGAGGUUCCGGCAGACAUAGAUGUACCUGAGCAGGGGGAGACAAAAAGAACGGGGGAGGUGAAGGAAGACAUUGAGACCCAGCAGCAGCAAGUGGACGAGGAGGUGCAGUCCAUCCAAGGGUUUGAAGGGAGGAAGAGUGCAGCCAGCCAAGAGUCCAGUAGAAACAGUGCCCAACCUGCAGAAGGCAGAGUGAGCCAGAUACAGACACAGAUGGAGGCACUCAGCACUGAGGGGGACUUGACUGAGACUCCCAUAGUGCAGCUGACAAUGAUGGAGCGCAUUGAGUGUGUCCAGGUAGUGGACUUAAUGCAGUACACACCUCUGGGUGGGGUCUUCUACUGUGACGUGUUUCACCUCCCGCCACAAGCCCACCAGGUCAAUGGCUGGGAAAUUAGACAGCUGUUGGACGAAGGGCUUCAGGUGUUCCCGUACCCUUUGGAAAAGUCUGACUUAGAUGACACCGAAGCUCUCACCUGCCCUCCUGUCGGUGUGUCUGUGACACUGCCGGACUCCGUCGUCUUCCUGGAAACUCCCCAAGUAGCUCGCUGGGAUGCUGCAGUGAAGCAGUGGAGGACGGACAGUAUCACUGACUUGUCUUAUGAGGAAAAAGAGGCCAAAAUCUCCUUUAAGAUGGACUCCUUCCAGCCGUUUGUGCUGAUGCAGGAAACGUAUGCCAACCUUCCCUUCCUGAGUUGGGAGCUCAGGCCAUUGGGCCAAGACGCAGCUCUUUUCACCGUCAACGGGGCACUCAUUGACCUCAGUAUCACGAUCCAGGGUAAUCAGUGUAUGUUGCAGUUGGGGCAAGAGAGAGGUCUCUCUCACCUCAUAGGGAAGUGGAUGAGUGGCCCCAUCCUGCAGAGAGCCAUGCUCAACGCAGGGAUCAACAUCUUUGUCAACGAGUACACCGACAAAUACAUCAUCACCUGCGGCAAGGACCCACUUACAGAACAUGCUGCCUACGAACAGAUGGCCCUCUUCGCCUCUGCCUGCGCUUUCUCGUGGAGCAAGUGGAAUGCCAAAUGUGGAGCUGAGCAUUUAGUCAUGCAGGCGUGUGAGCACCACGGCCCUGUCCCGGUGCCUAAGGAUUUGUGGAGUCUCUACCUGCUGGGUGCUCAGAGGAGUCAGAAGCUGGAAAUCACAGAGAAGAGUGAGGAAUUCUCUCCAGAUUAUUAUCCCGGAAGUGAGUUUCACUCCACCUUCAUCCACAUGCUCCAGGACAACAUGAGCACUGACGGCAUAGCCAGGACCAGAGAAUCCAAUUAUCUGUUUGUUGAUACAGUACAGAGCCUUCUCUGUGCCACCAGACCACUGAUUUAUUCAUAACCGGUGUGAAAUUAACUUGAAGUUUUUCUAAACCAACAAAUUAAAGACAUUUUAAACACCUGAA